UACUUGCUGCACAACCCACCUACCCCUGCAGGAUGCCAGUGUGCGAGGCAGGGGCAUGUGGGAAGUCAUUGGUUGAUUUGUCCUCUCAUUUUUUGUAGGCUCACUUGAAAGGGAUUAAUUACACCUUAAUUAUUUAUGUUUCUUGUUCUGCAGACAAGGCAAGCCUUUACACCAGAGCAAAUAAAUGAAGCAUGUUAUGUUGACAUUAAUUCCAACAAGGCUGUCUUUGACAGUUUGAGGAAUAACCCAAAAGUGAACUAUGAUGGGAGGUGCUUCGCUUACAAGUCCAAACAUGCUCUGGAGGACAAGAAUCAACUACUCAUCCUAAUACGUAAAUUUCCAGAGGGCAUUGCUGUUAUUGAUCUCAAGGAUGCAUACCCAACUGUCAUGGAGGAUCUACAGGCUUUGAAAGCUGCUGGUCAAAUCUGGCUGUUGUCGAACUUCGACUCGCAAGAGGACAUAGCCUAUCCAAAUGGCCCUCGAGUGCCAAUCAAGGUUGAUGACGACCUGAAACUGCUAUUCCGGGGAAUUGAACUACCACGUGAUAUGAUUGACAUUGAGAAGGAUCUUCAAAAGAACGGGAUGAAGCCCACCACAAACACUGCAAAAAUCUAGACUACACAUUAAUUUUUUUUCUGCCUCAUUAUCUAAUUGCAUUGAAAUCUAUUAAUUGGGCAGUUUUUGCAGUCUUGGCUUCUUUUACCUUUGGGUAAUUUUGCAUACUAGGUAUUUUACAGUGUUCCACAUGCAUGCUUAAGCUUCUCACACGUGGUUAUGUAAUGCAUUCUAUUUUUAAAAUGUUGACUUACAUAUGAUCGAAAGUCUGGAUAUCUCUUCUUUUCCCUUUUGUAGGUGCUCUUUCAUACCACUUCUUAUGAACAUUCUGCCUCUGUGAGAACAUUCACGGACACGUUGUAACUAAAUCUAUCACGGGGGGAUGGAUAAGUAGAAAGUGCUUGAAAAUAUCGAUUUUAUACAAGUUCUUUCCUGAGAAGUUGAAAAUUUCUAUAUUUACCUUUGAUGUUUUGGACAUGUUAGAUGAAAACUAUCAGUUUCAUCAAUAAGGAUGCAAAGUGCUUAGUCACAUAACAUAACAGUUGUUAGCAAUGAUAUUGGCUAAGAGGAAACUGGUUAUGGUUCCCAACACUGACAAGUCUGACACAACUUGUUACACUGAUUUCUCUGGGGCUCUUUACAUAUUGAGCAUUAUUUAUCUCUCGAGAUUUUUCAUCCAGCUGGGGGUUGGAUAAUGUGAGAUUUCUUUGGGUAGAUCUACAGUGUUCAAAUAUAGAGGUUAUGUUAUAGACUUAGCAAAAAAAUAUAGAGGUUGUAGAAGUUUUAUAGUUCCUCCAAUACUUCUUAUGCUGUGAGCCUUGAACUUAUUCCUGCUGCUGAUACUUGCUGCACAACCCACCUACCCCUGCAGGAUGCCAGUGUGCGAGGCAGGGGCAUGUGGGAAGUCAUAGGUUGAU